UAGACUGAAGUUCCCAGUAAUUAGGCACGGAAAUGGGCAUCCAAGACUUCACAGCUCUUUUUAACAACUUGGACACAGCAUGUAAGGGUUUUGUGACAACAGAGCAGAUACUGGAUUUUCACCAAUCCAUUUAUUUUUCUCCUGUGGCCGUGGAGCAUGUUGAUGGAGCCAUACAGAGGGUGUGUGGGACACCAGGAACUGUUGACAGAUCACAUUUCAUUGAGGUGUUGGAGGAACUACAGCGUCGUCAGUCUAUAGAGGAACAGUCAUAUUGGGACUUCCAGGCAUUAGAUUACAAUGGCACUAACAGAAUUUGUCUUAAAGAUGCUCUGCUGCUGUUUAGAGAAUUUCACCAAGAAAGGUUUUCUAUGUACACUUGGCACCAGUUUCUGGACUCUAGAGCGGUCCCCGGUGCUGAUGUUUACUUUGACGAGAUUCGGUUCUGGUUGUGUGAUUAUCCACAGGGUGAACCAGCCACACUUGAACAGAUUACCAAGGAGGAGGCUCGAUUGGAACGAAUCCAAGGUCAACACGACCUGGAUGGCUACAAUGCCUAUAAAAUAUUGCAGGAUGAUGGAACUGAAUUCCAAGAAUACCAGGAUGAGAUGCAGCACCACAUGAAGAGGAGGAUGAACAAAUGGAAGAAGCAGGGAUUGGAAGCCAUGUUGUUUGAUGAUGGUUUGGAGGUGGAAGAUCUGGAAUCCCAGGAUGCAUCAAAAGAUCAUGUGACCAUUAAUGACAUCAUGGAUGCCAUGGAAACUAAAUAUGAACUUCUAAGGGAAAAGCUUCUACUGGAAAUGGCCCGCCUUUCCUCUGCUGUGGAAGGGGAUCAGUCUGAAAUCUACCAAGAACUCUGUAAGAAGGAGCGACAACUCCGUCGAUCAGGAGCCCUUGAAAGUGAGGUUCACAGCCUAUCAGGGUCUAGAAUUCCACUGCCCCACACCCUGCUAGGAAUCAUGGGAAAUGUCCAAACUGUUGAUAAAAAGCAGAAGGAAGAAGCAGAAAGACACAUCAAAGAACUGGAGAUGCAGGGGCGCUUUCGUGAUGAGAUUGGGAAAAUCAUCAUGUCAGAAUACAUGGACUCUCUAGAUGGUGAUUCUACCUGUGGAGCUACUCUGGUGAAAAUCAACACCAGAUAUCUUGAUGAAAAAGAAGCAGUAUUAUCCAUAAUCAAGGACAAAGGAGGUCAGAUACAGGUCAUCACCAUGGAAGCCAACAGGUUGUCAAGGCAACAUCUACUGAUCACAGAGGAAGCCGAGUUCCAGCCCUGUGCCCUGGCAGUAGGAUUGGCAGAAAGACCCCAAAGUUACAAGUCUAGCAGGCUUACAGAUUGGGAUAGACUUCGCAGUGAGAACCUGGCUAAAUUUCGACUACAGGCCAAGAAAGGUAGAAAACAAAUCAAAUCCCCCCAGAACUAUUGCGACCUUGACCAUAUGGAGGAAAUGGGAGUGGUGGAUCUACAGAAAAAACUGGUGGUGGAGUUGGUAGAAAAGCACAAAUAUGAGAGAGAGGCUGCCAUACAAAUGUUACAAGGUCGAGACAGUGAGAACAGUAAAGCUGUAGCUAAAUCAAUAACCGCCGGAGAAAGGAAUAAAUUACUGAAGACACUGCGUAACAGACAUACCAACUGGAAAAACAGCAAAUCUGACAACAGUGAAGUCCUACAUAGCAUACUGCUUGAAGGUAUGGGGCUGUACUAUGAGAACAGGAAAGUGGAGUUACAGGAGCUGCAGGCCAAGGUAUCAGAGGACGACACUAACGAGGCAGUCCUGGCCGACCUCCAGCAGCGACAGGAAGGGGAAUUCCAGAAUGUCAUGGAGGAUAUCUAUCACAAGACAAAAGACGAACUUGUGAAGGUGAUAUUCACCACCAACAGACAGAGGAUUGAGGAGCACUUUGACAAUGUGGCCUUUGUGGUCCUUGGAACCAUAGAGAUCAGUGAGGGUGACAAGGAAUACACCAAGGCGCUUGAGGAGAAAUACGAUGCCCUCAGGGACAAGGUCCUCCUCAUGGGCCUCAGGGAUGAAAUGAAGGGAGAAUGGAGGAGAAUGACAGAAAAAGAAAGAAGGAAGGAGCUAAAAGACAGAAGGAAACAAGAGAAAAGGCUGAGGGGAACAGGCAGUGUGGGAGAGAUGGGGGAUCUGAUAGGAUUGAAGCACAAAGCCAAGAUGUUGCCUACCCUGAGAAAGCUCAUGGGAGAAGAAAGAGGUGAAUUUGAAGCCAGAUUCAUGAAACAAAAAGCAACAGGUCAGGUCCUAGAUGAAACAAGCAAGGGAAGCUUUGACCCAGUAAAUGUUCUGGCUGAUUUGAUCCCUCGCUAUGACGAAGAACUGGAUGCCCUGGUCAUGUGGCUAAACAGUCCCCAGACAAAAUCACUGAACAUCAAACAACAACGAAUCAAAAUGCUUCAGUUGAAGCUCGAAUCCUGUGCAGCUGAAAUGGAGGAAGAUUUUGAAGUGGCGGCCAUGUUUGUUGGCUUGCUAGAGAGGGUUUUAGCCAGUCUUCAUGGAAGACAUGCCACAGACAAUGUGAGACAGAGAGACCUGGCCAAGAGGAGAACUCAGCUGAGGGGUCAAAGGUUACAACAGAACGAGGGAUAUGAGAAGAGGCUGAUUACGACCCACGAUCCUCCUCACGGAGAUACAACAGGCUGGCAAUUGUCCUACCUGAGGGAGGUGUUAGUGCGUCAUGAGGAGGAGAGGGAGAAUUUAUUGCACUUCCUACAGGAUGACAGUAUGGAGGAUCUGAAGGAGGCGGCAGCCAUGAUGUCAGAACAGGAGUCCAAGUCACGCCUGGCUGAACUUCACGCCAAGCGCAGAAGGCUAAAUCUAUCAAACGAAGAUGAUCAAGAUGAGCACACGUCUAUUCUGGAGGAAGCUGUGGCUAUAAGAGCCGUCUGUAAGAGGAGAGAAAUCCUUGCAGAGACCAGGAGGGAGCCCAGUAAAGACGACGUCAUAAUCUCCGUACUGAAGGAGCUGCAGGAAGAACAGGAUAAAGAAAUUGCCGGCAUCCUGGAAAAUAUUGUGGAUCUGAAAGAAGAUGAAUUACAAGACCUUAGAACUGAGGAGAAAGACAAGAGAGCAAAUAAAACUCUCCCCAACGUGUUUAUUGUGCUCACCCAAAGUGAAAGUAAAACCUAUGAACAAGAGCUUAUCAAGGCACUUCAUAAGAAAUAUGAGAGUGUUCAGACCAAAAUCUUGGUGGACUGCCUCAUUCACAAGCAUGGGGAGACAGCCUGGGUCAAGAUGGGGGAUAAGGAGAAACAGAGUCAUAUCCAAGAACUGACCCAAAAAGUGGACAGCUUCAGGAAGGAGGGAAAUAAUGUGGGUUUGAUUGAGGUUCUGGAAGGUUUCCAUUUGGACAAGACAUUGAUCAGCAUUAUAGGAAUUCCUAGAUUUCAUUUCCUAGAGCUGUCCAGACACACAGAAGAGGACCUUAUAUCAGAACCUGCCGAAGAAGAACAGAUUAUGAAGAACCCACUACUGAAUUUAUGGCUGAGGUUUGAAUCAGAGAAGAAGAAUCUACUGCAGAAACUAAAAGGAUUACAGGAAGAGUAUAUGAGUGAGAGGGAACAACAAAUCUGUAUUGUACGAAUCACCAGGGAAACAUUACUCUGUAGUCAUGAUCACAGAUUCUCGAUCUCAGCUACGCUUGUUGGAGUAGCUGAAAGGCAGAUGGUUGAUGGAAAACCAAGAAUGGUUGGAGACAAAGCUAGAUAUGAGAGACUUGCCAAACACAGACUAACAGCUGAAAACAAGAAGAUCACAUCUAAAGAUCAGGUCAUAAGGGAUCAAAACCUCAUCACUCAAAUGAAUGCAGUUAUUGAAUUCCUGGACUUUAAGCACCAGACUGAACAAGAUCAAUUCAAGCUUCUUGUUGAGAUGAUUGUUGAUCAGAAACUCCAUCAGGAAGUGAUGAUGAUGUCACAGCAGCAAAGGAAGGACCAGCUAUCAAGGCUUCAGUCAAAACGAGACGCACUUCCUAUAGAGAAGCAAAAAGAACAUGAUGGGAUUCUAUACGAGGGUAUGGUGAUUAAACGUGAACUUUGUCGGCAGAGGAUGAGCAGUGAUCAGAAAAAAGAAGCCACGGAUAAGGACAUCCAUGAAGCCUUGAUGGCAGAAUUAUUCCUCACACAGAACAGGGAGGCUGAGAGACUGCUGCAAGAGUUCAUGUCAAAGGAAAAUGAGGAGUUACAAAAAAUGCAGUUAGCCCAAAUAAAUGAUCGCAAACAGAAUAGCAGAGAAAAUGUGGCAUACAUAGUUUUCUCCCCUGAAAUGUGCCUGGAGGUCAGCACUGAUACUGACUUAAUGGAGGCCCUUGAGGGGAAAUAUGAUGCACUGAGGGAUAAAUUACUGGCUGAGGCCCUAAUCAAGCAGCUUGGAGAGUCUGAAUGGCAAAGAUUGACAGAUUUGGAAAGACAGAAGAAAAUGAUGGAACUUAAACUGAAAGAGAGGAAGCUAAGAAGAGAGGGGAAAUUUGAUGAAAUCUCACAGAUUCUAGGUGAUGCACUGGAGAACCAGGAGACCUUGAAGCGUCUGAUGGGAGAAAAUAAAGAGGAGCAGCAAAGGAAACUCAGAGAGAGGCUGGAGAGAAAGAAAAAGAGGCUGGCUCAAGGAAUGUCUGAGGAGGAGUGUGAGGAGUUGGAGAGGAAGGAAAUAGAGGAGGAGGAAGAGGAAGAGAGGAAACAAAGGAGGAAUAUCCUCCUAGAUCUGGAACAUCGAUUUGAAAAGGAAAAGGAGGAAUUGUUAAGACAGAUUGGACAAGGAGAUGACAGACUUGCAAAGGAGAAAGCCAGACAACUCCAGCUGUUGAAAUUAAAGCGAGAGGAACGCAAGGCUAGAAAUGAGGACAAGUUCGAUUCAGCAGCUCUAGUGUUAGGGUUAGCAGAGGAAAACAAGAAAAAGCAACAAGAGGCCACAGAAGAGGAGAAAUUAAGACAACAAAGACUGGCCAAGGAGAGAAUUGAGGCAGCACGACGGAGACGAAGGGAGGGAAAGACAACUCCGGAGGAGGCCAUCAACCAUGAAACAGAUGAUAGGGUGGAGUUACAGGAAUCACUGAACAUGGCCGUCGACAGACGCCACAGACAUGAAAGGGAUCUACUGAUACAGUUGUUAGAUGAUGCUUCAACCAGUGAAAUGAAGCAGAAAUACAUUCAAAGGUGUAAAAAUAAAUUGAGUGAGAAGGCUUAUGUACACGUACGUAAACACUGGAGACAGGCAACAAAUCUGAAUCACCGCAACGGAACAGAUGUUUUUCAGGAGGCAGCAUGUUAUUUGAUCCAAUCAGAACUUCACAAACAGCAAGAGGAGGGGCUAACUAAAACUGAAGAGGAGGUCAAAGUUCACAUCCUGUCUAACCUUCAAAUGUGGCAAGAUGCAGAGGCAGCUAUGAUUUUGUCUAAUCUAGAGGAGAAGGAUAUUGGAACACUACAGCAAAUGGUAAAAAUGCAGUCAAUGGUGGAAGAAGAAGGUCUCCAUGACAAUGUGUCACAUGUCCUGCUCAACCAAUCAAAAGGAGACAAAUCUGAGGAUGGUGAGCAGGAAUUGCUAGAAGCAUUAGAGCAGAAAUAUGAUGCCCUGAAGGAUAAACUCAUAGAAGCAGCUUUGAAAGAGGAAAUGGGUGAGGAUGAAUGGAACAAGCUGUCUGAUAGUGAGAAACAGAAAAAGAUUGUGGAACUAAAGAUGAAGGAAAGAAAACUCAGACAGGAAGGCAAUGUAGAGGAAGCUGCAGCCAUCUUUGAAAAAGUUCUGGAGAAUGAUGAAUUGUUGGACCAGAUUCUUGGACCAGAGGAUGAGGAGGAUGAAGAGAAGAGGAGAGAGGAGCUGAUCAGACAGAGAGAGGAGCAGGGACUGCCUACAGAUGAGGAGUCCAUCAACAGGAUCCUCGAGGAGGAGAGAAAGGAGCACGGAAAACAGAGGAGAAUUAAUGUGUUGGAAAAUUUGAACAUUAUGCUGGAAGAUGAAAAAGCUAAACUCCUGAAAGCCCUGAGGAGCCAGCAUAAUAGAAUUGACCAAGAGAGAGAAAGACAGUUGGCCAUAGCUCGUCUACAACACGAACGACGGAAACUGGCGAGAGAAGAGAAGUUUGAGUCGGCAGCCAUCAUUGUCAGUCAGGCUAGAGAAAGGGAGGAGAAACACAAACAGAGUAUUAAAGAGCAAAGGGAGAGAAGUAAGGCUUUGGCCAGAGAGAGGCUGGAGGCCAGAAGGAGGAAACAACAGCAGAAGAAAGAGGACAUCAGUGAGGAGCAGAGGCUGAGGACAGAGGAUGAGAUGGAGCAACUGGAGGACAUGGUCCAACCCAACUCUACAGAGAGAUCAGCUGUGCAAACAGCCAUCUUGGAAACACUUGAUCAGCGACAAAUGGAGGAAAGAAAUAUAUUAAUGGAUAUCACUCAGACAGCUAGAAAUAGUGCAGCCAUGAUAAGGGAGGCCAAGAAAAUGUCAACACAGGAUCUGAAAACCCAGCUGCUGAAACUUGAGAAAGAUGAGAGAAACUGGAAACAAGACUCAAUGGCUGCAGCCCUCCAUGUUGAUGAAGGGAAAAUGUCAAAAGCAGAAAAAGGCAAAAUGUUCAAGGAAAUAGCACAAAGAAGAAAUGAGCAUCAGGCCAUAUUGGUAGAGGCCAUGGUCUAUAAACUUCAAUUGGAGGAGCAAUCACACAAGGCCCAGAACCCAGACAUGUCUGAUGAGGAGAGAGCAGAAGACAUGAGUGUCGCAUUACUGGCUGACCUUCAAGAGAAGCAGACUACAGAAAACUCAACUGUUCAAAACCUCUUGCAUGACAUGGAAGAUAAAGAUCUACAGGAAGUUAAGAGGGUCCAGCGCAUUGCUAAGCGUGAGGGGUGGUUUGACAGCCUGACGGGGAUGUUGUUCCAGUUAUCAGGAGCGGAUCUAGCAGGGGAGGAGGGCAGUUUAGAAGUUCUGGACAAAACAAUGGAGGACAUCGAGGAGAAUAUGAGGAAAGAGAGAGAGGAGCUAAUUGCUGAGGCUAAAGCUGAGAAUGCUACAGAGGAGGACCUACAGCAGGCCCUGAAACAACUAGAACACGAACAGGAACUAAAGCGGAAGGCAAUGACAGCUGAUCUGGAGCAGCAGAGGAAGAAGUUGAUGGAGAAGGUGGCGGCUCGUAAACGUCAGACAGAGGAGAAAGAGAGCAAGGAGAUCAAGGCAGCUCAACUCAUACUGCUCUCCGAGAGCCGCCAGAAAAAACAGAAAGAGAGCGCAGAGAAAGAACGCAGUCAACAGAGCUCAGAGCUUCAGAAAAGACUGGAGGCCAGAAGACAAGCCAGGAAGAAAGCGACAGAGGAUCAGGAUGAGAACAGAAGGUCACUGACUGACGAGGAGAGAUUCUCAGGCUCCAGUGACGGCUCUAGACCUAACACCAUGGACAGUAAUCCGUUUGCUUCCAUGAAGCGAGAGAAGACGGCCCUGGAUGUGACUGUGUCAGACAAGGAGAAGCAUGACACGUACACCAAACUGAUGAGAGAACAGACAGCAGUGAUGCAGCAUAAACAGGAGAGUCAGCGUAAACAAGAGGAAAUGCUGAAAAGAAGACUUGCAGAGAGACAAAGCAAAAAACAAGCAGAAGUCCAGAGCCUGCUCAACCUCGGGGAACGUCAGAAAACCAGUCUACUGGCCGCAAAACAGGAUGAAAAGGACAAACAGUUAGAGAGAAUGAAGGAAAGAAUCAAGAGAGAGCGUUCUCGAAGUCCUGGCAAAAAGAAACACGCUGCUAUAGAAGAGACAGACUUGAAAUCCACCAUGAAGAAAUAAAGAUCUACUACUGUGAUGCACCACUUUAUAUUAAAUUUUAUGUAUUAAUCUGACUUGUAUGCAUUCCAAUCAAAUUUGUGUGCCAGUUUUUCUGUACAUGUACUCAGUGAUAUUUUUUAUGUGUCAAUUAUAAUCAUGGUCUGUGAUAAAUUUAUACACCUUUAUCACUAUUAUGUUUUCUAAAUAAUUGAAUUUAAAGAAAAAAUU